AGUGACAUCUUGCUUACUACUUUGCAUGUGAUCACUGAUUGGCCAAUCAGUGAUCACAUGAAUACUAGUAAGCAAGAUGUCACUUCUGACAUUGCUUACUACGUGUAAAAUCUGUGAAUGAUCACAGAGAUCACAUGGUACAAGGCUAUUCACAAUAGCCUUGUACCAUGUGACAAGCUGUGACCAAUAACAGCUCUCACGGUAUUUCUCAAUGGCUGCAAGAAUGCAGUCAGAGAGAAGGAGAAAUGAUUGCUU